AUGCGUCUCCAACAACCCUCCGGGACUGGCACACCAGUGACCGAGCACGCCACCAUUGCCGAGCCCGAAAUGACUGGCGAUGCUCCAAAGCGCAUGGCCAUCAUUGGCAUGUCCUGCCGCCUCCCCGGCGAUGUUUCGACACUCGAUGAAUUUUGGGAUCUCUGCUCCCGAGGCCGCAGUGCCUGGUCGCCAAUUCCAAAGAGUAGAUUCAACGCCGAUUCGUUUUACCACCCGCACCAGGAUCGUCCUGGAUCAUUCAACCCUAAAGGAGCGCAUUUUUUGAAAGAGGAUCUUGGCUUGUUCGAUGCGCCUUUCUUCAAUAUCACUCUCCAAGAAGCCCGUUCCAUGGAUCCGCAACAGCGCAUUAUGCUGGAAUGUGUGUAUGAAGCUCUCGAAAAUGCCGGGAUUCCACAGCAAGAUAUCGUUGGAAAGAAAGUGGGUGUUUUCGCUGGUGGCUCUUUUCCGGACUAUGAGAUCAACAACACGAGAGAUAUCGACGGCAUCCCCAUGUAUGCUGCCACGGGAACGGCUAUGGCAUUGCAGGCAAACCGCGUCUCUUAUUAUUUCGACUUGAAUGGCCCCAGUGUUUCUGUCGAUACUGCUUGUUCUUCCAGUUUGUCUGCUCUGCAUUUAGCUUCGCAAAGCAUUCGAAAUGGUGAAUGUUCGCUCGCCAUUGUAGGAGGCUGUCAUUUGAAUAUUAUUCCCGAGGCCUUUGUGUCUAUGACCCGUUCCAGAUUGCUUUCCGACACCGGCCGCUCAUAUGCAUUUGAUCAUCGAGCAACUGGGUUUGGUCGUGGUGAAGGUGCUGGAUGUAUUAUAUUGAAAUCCCUCGAGGACGCAGAGGCUGCUGGAGACGCGAUUCGUUCUGUUGUUGUUAACAGUGGUCUCAAUCAAGACGGACGCACUAGAGGUAUCGCAAUGCCAAACGGGGAAGCCCAGGAAGCAUUGAUUCGCCAAGUGUAUAAAGAAGCACGCAUUGAUCCGAAAUUGGUCGGAUUCGUGGAAGCGCACGGCACUGGCACCAAAGUUGGCGAUCCGCUCGAGGCAACGGCACUAAAUGCUGUAUUUGGAGAGGGUCGAUCUCCCCGACAGCCGUUGCUCAUUGGAUCUGUCAAGUCGAACAUUGGACACUUGGAGGGAACCAGUGGAGUGGUGUCUGUCAUCAAGGCUGCUUUGGCACUUGAGCGAGGCUUUGUCCCUCCCAACUGCAACUUUGAAAAAGCCAAUGAAGAGAUUCCCAUGGAAAAGUGGAAUAUGAAAGUACCCAAGAAACUGAUGCCAUGGCCCCGUGGAAAGCCCUACGCUAGCGUGAACAACUUCGGCUUUGGCGGGACCAACGCCCACGUUAUUCUCGCGCGUGGAACCCGCCAUGAAGGCGAAGGUGCGGCAUACGCAGAUCCUUUAACGCGCAAACUGUAUGUUCUUUCUGGAUAUGACAAGCAAGCAGCCAUUCAGAUGGGCAAAGCGCUCGGAGGAUAUUUAGAUCUUUACCCGCCGGUAUUUAAUGACAGUCUGCUCGAUAACAUGGUCUAUACGCUAGGCCAGCGUCGAAGCUUCCUUCCGUGGAGAUCUGCUGUCUCUUCGAAGGUGACUACAGAGUUGAAUACCGCUCUGUUGAGCACUGAGCCUGUCCGCUCUUCCAAAGAGCCAACUGUCGGCUUCGUCUUCACUGGACAGGGUGCACAAUGGCACGGUAUGGGCAAGGAGCUCUUGAGUACAUAUCCGAUCUUCAAGCAGACCAUGAAGUCCGUGGAUGAUUCUCUGAAGUCACUCGGUGCCUCCUUCUCAAUCAUUGAUGAAUUGCUCUUAACCGACUCCGACACUAGUUCAAUCUCGGCAGCAUAUAUGAGCCAGCCCGCUUGUACUGCAGUGCAAUUGGCCUUGGUGGACCUGCUCUCAUCAUGGGGUAUUCGCCCGAAGGCAGUGGUUGGUCACUCCAGUGGAGAGAUUGCAGCGGCUUAUGCAGCCGGAAUAUUGUCAUUGGAGGAAUGUGUCCGUGUUGCAUAUUCCCGUGGUGUUGCAGCAAACAUGGUCGCGAACGACAAAUCCAUCAAGGGUGGCAUGUUGGCUGUUGGAGCUAGCGCUUCCGACAUCCAGCAAAUUCUGGAUGCUAUGCGCGGAAACAAGGCUGUCAUUGCUUGUGUCAACAGCGAGUCUAGUGUCACCUUGUCCGGAGAUGCUGAAGUGAUUACCGUUCUCCAAAACGCUCUUGAUAAGGAAGGAAUUUUCACGCGCAGACUGCAAGUCGAUGUUGCCUAUCACUCUCACCAUAUGAAGAUUGUGUCCCAACAAUAUCGGUCGUUACUGGGGAAAAUUGCGCCUCAAGAUUCUGUUAUUCCAUUCCACUCAACCGUGCACGGCAAAUUGGUUCCGGGAAGCACCUUAGAUGCGUCGUACUGGGUUGACAACCUGGUUUCCCGCGUUGAAUUCGUCCUGGGCGUGAAGAGUCUUUUAACAGAUGAAAAGGCUGUCUCACCUGUCACAACAUUGGUGGAGAUCGGCCCUCAUCCUGCUCUGCAAACACCUGUCAAGGAGAUUGCUCAGAUGCACGCCCCGAAGAGUAAUGUGCAGUACUUCCAUACUUUGAAGCGGAAGGUUGACGCCAUUGAGGCUGUUCAGAAUUUGGCUGGCUCCUUGUUCAUGAAUGGAAUGAAUCUCAACUUCCAGGCCAUCAACUUCCCUAACCUGAGCAGCUCGGGCAGGAAGCUCUCUGUGGUGACCAACCUACCGAAGUAUCCCUGGAACCACACUGAACGGUACUGGUUUAGCUCGCGACUAGGAGACAAUCACUUCCAUCGCCAAUUCCCUCGUAGUGAUAUCCUUGGCUCACUUACCAUCGAGAAUGUGGACUUCGAGCCCCGUUGGAGAAACACUAUUCGUGCCGACGACCACCCGUGGAUUCGUGAACACAGGGUGCACGACAGCAAUGUGUACCCCAUGACAGGAUUCCUCGCCAUGGCCAUGGAAGCCAUCUCUCAGCACGCCCAAAUCCACCACAUCACGCCGGGCAAGAUUGACUUGCGCGACAUUUUCAUCAACCGCGUUCUCACCGUCCCGGACAACGCCUCUGUAGAGACCAUGCUCAGCUUGCGACCAACCCGCACCGAGGCCCCUAGUAAAUCCGUCCUCGGCUGGCACGAGUUCAAGAUUUUCUCAUGGGCCGAAGGUCGUGGCUGGGAUCAGCACUGCAAUGGCUUCAUCAUGGUUCAAGAAGCUAAGGAUGUGAAUCCUGUCGAUGGUUCGCGACAGCAGCUUGAGACGACAGCUCGCUUUGCACAAGAGGCACUGGAAAUGCGCCAUGCUUGUAACGUACCGAUUGAUCACGAGAUGCUCUACAAGAAUAUCUCCGGCGGUGGUGUCCACUAUGGUCCGCUUUUCCAACGGUUGACUGAUAUCUCGGUGGACAAAGACCGUCGGGCCAUGGCUACCAUUUGUGUUCCGGAUACCAAGGCAGCCAUGCCCUUCGGUUACGAGACCCCCUGUAUCGUUCACCCAGUCACACUUGAUCUGUGCAGCCAGGUUAUGUGGGUUCUCCGUGGUUAUGGCGAGCCCGGUGCUCAGAUUACUCAUGUUCCUUCUCAUGUCAAGAGUAUAUCGGUUUCAUUGAGUCAAGAGAUUACUGCUGGCACCAAACUUCAACUAUACGGCCAGCAAUCAGGCACUGAAUCAGCUGCUGACCCGGAGAACAACCGCAUCUUUGCCACCGAUCCCAGCAACUCUGCCAAUCUUUUGAUUGACAUCAACGGUAUCACUCUAGUACCCGUAUCAAACGAGCUCAAGGGAUCCAAGGACAAUGCCCCUGACCAGAUCUGCUACAAGUUGCAAUAUGAGCCUUGCUUUGACUUCCUCUCCGGGGACGAUUACCGCCAGCUUGCACGCCCAGAGACAGACACAGCACAAGGUGUAAAGCGCAUGCAGCAGCUCGAAUCCGUUGCGGAGUACUACUUGCGAAAAAUGCUGAAGUCUGUGUCGGAAGACGAAGUCUCUACCUUUGAGCCCCAGCAUCAGAAGUUUUACCGCUGGGCUCAGAACACCUGUGAAAAGGCUGACCCAGCAGAGGCUCCAACCCUUGAUAUUUUAGAACAGAAUCGAACAGUCAACGGAGCCGGCGAAUUGACAUUCAAGGUCGGAGAGCUCUUACCUCAGAUCCUUCGUGGCAAGGUCGACGCCUUGACUGUUCUCCUCGAAGACGAUGGAAUCGGCGGAUAUUACACUGACCUCGAUGCCCUUCACGAGGCCUAUGCCAAUGUCUCUGUUGUGAUAGACAAGAUGGCCCAUCAAAAUCCUGAGCUGAACAUCAUCGAGAUCGGAGCUGGUACGGGUGGUGCCACGAUGCCCAUUCUCCAAAGCAUGGGCGGCGGCGAAGCUGGGUCUACUCCUCGGUUCGGGCACUACACUUACACCGAUAUCUCCCCCGGUUUCUUUGAGAAGGCCAAAACCAAGUUCGAGAACUGGUGCCAUCUAAUGACCUAUCAGACUCUGGACAUCUCUGCUGAUCCCACUGCGCAGGGCUUCAAUACUGGGUCUUAUGAUGUUGUUGUUGCUUGCAACGUCCUACAUGCCACAUCUAACAUUAAUGAGACCAUGGCCAACAUUCGAGCCCUCCUCAAGCCUGGCGGUAAAAUCAUGUUGAUUGAGGAGACUGUGCCCAAGGCUCGUCAUUUCCCCUUUGCUCUUCUCUCCGGAUGGUGGCUGGCCAAUGACGACUUCCGUAACGACGGGCCCCUUCUUACUGUUGAGGGAUGGAGCAAUGUUAUGAAGGCAAACGACUUCAGCGGUAUUGAUCUUUGCGUUGAGGAGUAUCCAGGACAAUCCUUCCAGUCCGGUUGUCUGAUGACAACUACUGCCAACAGCCCGGCUGUCGGACCUAUGAACCAUGGUGAUGUUGUCAUCGUCGGUCCUGAGUCAAUCGGCAGUCUUUCUUUGCUCAGCUUGGAGUCCGGUCUUCAACGAGUAACCGGCGCCUUGCCCACUACUGCUUUGAAUUCCGAUGAGAUCGAUGUCACCGGAAAAUGGUGUAUUUUCCUCGGUGGUAUGGAUAAAUCCAUCCUGUCUCAUCUCACACAGGAGAAAUUCCAGGCACUUCAACGUCUGCUGAGCCGCGCUCGUGGUCUACUGUGGGUCGUUCGUCACAGCAAGAAUGAUCUGGAGUCCCUUGGUGCAAACAUGGCAAUUGGCCUUGCCCGAACAGUCCGAUCAGAGACUGGUCUCCAGUUUGCCACGUUGGACCUAGGUGAACGCGAGACUAUGCCGGACGCCGAAGCUGUCCAUCACAUGUUAAAUGUCUUCAAAGGUGUCUUCUGCCAGCGUUCGCAGUUGAUGCACAAUGACUGGGAGUUCGUUGUCCGCAAUGGUAAUGUCUGUGUUCCCCGACUGGUCGACAACCAUGCAUUGAACCUUAGUGUUCAACAAGAGACACCGAAUGCGCCUGCCCAGCUCCAGCCUUUUAAGCAAAACCGGGCGUUGAAGCUUGCUGCUGGCGAGGGCAGAGGCUUGGAUGAACUCUACUUCACAGACGAUGUCUCUCGCAACACAGCGUUGCCGGAUGAUCACGUUGAAAUCCAAGUGUACAGCACUGGCCUCAACUUCCGAGAUGUUUUGAUGGCCAUGGGUCAACUCAAGGGUGACAGACUAGGCCAGGAAUGCAGUGGUAUUGUUACUCAAAUUGGCUCUGCAGUAUCCGAUUUCAAGGUUGGAGAUCGUGUCUGUGCAAUGUCGCCUGGCUCUCUGUCUACUUUCACCCGAUGCCCCUCAUCCGGUGUUUGGGUUAUUCCAGAUAACAUAUCCUUUGAGAUUGCAGCUUCAAUUCCUGCCGUGUUCUGUACGGCAUAUUACUCACUUAUUGAUCUAGGUCGACUGACCCAAGAUGAGAGUGUGCUGAUCCAUGCCGCCGCUGGAGGAGUUGGUCAAGCUGCAAUCAUUAUUGCUCAAAGCAUUGGAGCCAGGAUCUUUGCAACGGUCGGCAGCAUCGAAAAGAAGAACUUCCUGAUGGAGACAUACCAGCUCGAGGAGGAGCAAAUCUUCUUCAGUCGCGACAUUUCCUUUGCCCAGGGCAUCAAGCAAGCCACUGGUGGCGAAGGUGUUGAUGUCGCGCUUAAUUCCCUCAGUGGUGAUGCUUUGCAAGCAACAUUUGAAUGUGUUGCGCCUUUCGGACGGUUCAUCGAGCUUGGCAAGCGCGACAUUACGCAGAAUUCCAGAUUGGAGAUGGCUCACUUCAACAAGAACUUGUCCUUCGCCUCGGUUGAUUUGGGCAUGGUUCGGGAGAAACGCCCGCAAUUGACCAAGCGACUGCUUCGUGAUGCUUUCAAACUGUUUAUCGAUUCUGAUGCCCAGGCCAGAUGGCCGAUCACCACCCUACCAAUUUCCCAGGUUGAAACUGGGUUCCGGGCUCUGCAAGGUGGGCAGGUCAUUGGUAAAAUGGUUGUUCAGAUUACAAAUGACUCCAUGGUCAAGGUUCAUCCCGCAAGAAGAGAUGAGAAUCUCCUCAACCCUGAUGCCUCAUACAUUAUCGUCGGCGGAACUGGGGGAAUUGGCCUUGAAAUUGCCAGCUGGUUGCCAGAGAAAGGAGUCAAAAGUCUUAUCCUGGUUUCGAGGAGCGGUGCCUCGACUGAAAAGGCAAAGCAGACGAUCGAAGAGAUUACUCGCCAAGGUGUCAAUGUCGAGGUCUGUCGCUGCGAUGUUGCAGACAAGGCUAGUGUUGAACAGAACCUCGUCCCCGUUCUCACUCGCAUGUCUCCUGCUCGCGGUGUUGUGUUCGGAGCCAUGGUCCUUCGUGAUACACUAUUUGAGAAGCUCAGCUUCGAGGACUAUCAGACCGUUAUGAUGCCCCGAGUUCACGGUAUCUGGAAUAUCCAGAACGCAAUCACCACCAACAAUGGCAGUGUCGAUUUCUUCGUGAACCUCUCAUCCGCCGCCAGCUUCGUCGGCAACAUGGGUCAAUCCCCAUACGCAGCAAGCGGAACCUUCAUGGCGGCACUGGCCCAAUACCCCGAGUCUGCCAAGAUGCGCUGCUCAACAAUCGAUCUGCCCGUCGUCCGCGGAGUCGGAUACCUCUCAGACGACCAAAAGCGCGAGGCAAUCACAAAGCAGCUGGGCACUGAAUCCGUUGAUGCAACAGACAUUCGUGGCCUCGUCACUGCCGCCAUCCGUCAAGACUUCGACACAACCUGCGAAGGACAUUGCGUCGCAGGCUUCGAAGCCGUCAAAACAACACCAAUCACGGAACAACCAUUCUGGGUAAACGACACGAAGCUCUCACACCUCUUGCGCCUAUCUACCCUCGCUGGCGCAGGCGCACUGGCCGAGUCCGCGCAGAGCGGCACCGAAAUUUCCCCAGCCACUGCUAUCCGUCAAUCCAAGAACCGUGAUGGUGCCGAGGCAGCCAUCGGCGCUGCUGUCAUCCAGAAGAUCUCGACUAUUCUCAUGCGCCCUGUUGAAGAGUUUGACCCCGCUGCUCCAAUUUCGGUUUAUGGUCUGGAUUCAUUGGUUGCCAUUGAGAUCCGAAACUGGAUCACCCGCGAGUUGGAGGCUAAUUUGCAAAUUCUGGAAAUUCUUACGAGUAAUUCGAUACCUGCUCUUGCUGAGACUAUUCUCAAGAAAUCGGGUAUCCCCACUCCUGAUCUGAAGACUGAGUGGGGGCUUGAUGCCCCUGAGGCCCGGACGGAUCAAUAG